CCAAACCUCAGCAGGGCAGCGCUUUCCAGAGGGGUGGGGCGGCCAGGCCAUGGAGAGCCCGGCGGAGAAUCCGAGCAAGGCGACGGAGUACCUGAAGGAGCUGAAUCGGAUCAUCGAGGCGCAGCAGGAGCUGCUGGAGCGACAGCGGCGGCGGAUCGACGAGCUGGAGCAGCAAGUGACGAGGCUGUACCGGGAGAACGCCUGCCUGCAGGACGAGCACCAGCGGCACCUGGCCUCCUGCCGUCUGCCCGGAGGCCCUUCCGCCCACCCGCCCGCGCCGCCCCUGGGGGCCAUCCCGGAGCACGCCCGGCACGAAAAGCGUACCCCAGGUUACAACCACCCCGCAAAACAACCAUCCGGGGGAUACGACCUGUACUGUUUGGUGACUUACCCCAACUUACGCCCACCUGGCCCCAACGUUACAGCUGAACAGCGCAGUCUGUUCCCCCAACCCCAGCCAAAGCCACAGGGAUGGGGCCAGACCCGGGUGCGAUGA